GGAUUCGGACAAGCCUGCCACUGUCCCGGUCAUUAAGCCGCAUAACAAACCAUUCAAACUUGGAACCGGUCGCCAUAAGCCACCGCAGCAUCCGACCCAGCAGCUCAGCCUCAUCCCCUUCACAGCGCCGUAGCCGCAGCCGCAAGCUCGACAUCAACAUGGCCUGGCGCAGUUCGGGAGUCACCAACAGGGACCUGGUGGAAAACCUCUGGCGGCACCAACUGAUCACCCACCCGGACGUGAAAGCAGCCUUUCUCAAGGUCGACCGCGCACACUACGCCCCUUCCUUCCCCUACGACGAUUCCCCGCAACCAAUCGGGCACGAAGCGACCAUUUCCGCGCCGCACAUGCACGCCGCCGCAGUGGAAAAACUCCUCCCCUUCAUUGUGCCGUCCGAAUCCAACCCGGCCCCGCGCGUGCUGGACAUUGGGUCCGGGUCCGGCUACCUAACCCACGUCAUGGCUGAACUAGUCGGCGACGCUGGCGGGACGGUCACGGGCGUCGAGCACAUCGCACCGCUGCGGGAUCUCGGCGAGAAGAAUGUCGCCAAGUCGGCCAGGGGAAGGGAGUUUCUUGCGUCGGGCCGUGUGAGGUUUAGAGUGGGGGAUGGGAGGAAGGGGUGGGUGGAGCCGGGCGAGGAGGGCAGGAAGUGGGAUGCGAUUCAUGUCGGGGCGUCGGCGGCCGAGGUGCACCCGGCGUUGUUGGAGCAGUUGAACGCGCCGGGGAGGAUGUUUAUCCCUGUUGAUGAUGACGGGGCGGGGUGGGAUCAGCAUGUGUGGUGUGUUGAGAAGGAUCGGGAGGGGAGGGUAAGGAGGGAGAAGUUGUUUGGGGUCAGGUAUGUGCCGUUGACGGAUCCUCCGAAGAAGUGAGCGGGGUGGGAGGCGGGUUUGUUUGUUUCUGGGGAGGUGGGAAAUGGCUGAGCGAGGAUUAUUUGAUUCAAGUUGAUUGUCAGUGGCAACCUGGCAAAGGUUGGCGGAUGAAAUAGGUCUACACUACACGCUCUGUCUAGCCUGGAUCGGAGCGUAAAAGUUGAAUCUGCCUUGAGGGUCGUAUUUCGCCUUCAGCCGUCGCAGCUUCUCCAGCCGCCAGGGCUCAUGGCCGUACAACUCUGGCAAGCUUUCGUCACCGGAGGCGUAAUUGACGUAGGCGUUGAGGCGCCCUUCUCCGCUCCCUUCCACUAGCACCCGCCUGACCUCCCUGGACGCGGCAAUCAUGUCGUUCGAGUACGAUGGAUCCCUGUAACUGAGCAACGGCGCACUGGCGACAGACUCAAGGUCAAUGGUGGCUAGCCAGGAACAACACAA